CAUGAAAGGUAUAAAAUCAACUCUAAAGAAAUCCGUAGAAUUUGAAAUUGAAACCCAUGUUAGUCUUGCACCAGGUAAUCCGAAAAGCAACCAACAAUGUCUUCGUAUCUCGGCUUCGAAAAAAAUAUCUCUUACUUCACUAUCCCGGCGGCAGUCGUUUUGGCCCUACUACCGCGAGUGUACUCAGGUCUUACGGGACCGGGUAAGAAGUUCUUCGACCCGAACAAUCCACGCUCAUUCACGUCGAAGCUUGAGGCCGCUGAACUUGAUAAGAAAUUAAAAGGCCGGCUACAACGCGCCGAAUCAGCAGGGGCCAAUGCCUUUGAAAAUCUCGGCGUCUACGCCGCAGCCGUGACGGCCGGCAAUGCCGCCGGCCUCCCUGUAGAAGCACUAAAUGAUCUGACCUUGGGUUAUUUGGCGGCUCGCGUGAUUUACACGUGGAUUUACAUUUGGGGACAGGAAAACCGAAGGAUCACUCCUUUGAGAACGGUAGUCUGGGGAAUCGCCAUGAGUUGCUGUAUGGCGUUAUUCUCCCUUGCCGGGAUCCGGGGUCUAUGAUCGGGCUAUGUCUAGUCAUUGCCUCACUCUUCCCGCGCUGAUGAUGUCGAUCGAAUAAUUCGGGGACCAUCAUUCCGUGGCAUGGAAUUCAUUGUGACUACCUACCUAUCUAGAUACCUAGCUUCAGUACUUAUUAAUAUUUAUCAAUAUCUACUAGUUGUUCUUCAGAAUAAA